AUGGCGACCGAGGAAGUCUCCCUCAACGGUCGCGAGACAAUUCCCAGUAAAUCGCCCUUGCUGAAGAAGGCAGCGAGUCUCGUAUUGUCAAAAGAUGAGCAUGUCAAAAAGAAAAGAAAGAUUAGUUUCAAAGAAGAAUCAAAACCGCCGCUAAUUCUCGAAAGUCAUCUUAGUAAAGUUCGACGUUUGAGCUCCACUGAGGAAAGUUGGAACAUAACGUCGGAUUCGUCUCCAUCUCGCUCACCAUCGCCAACCAAGACACCCAACAGCCUAAAAACAACGUUAAAAAAGAUUAAGAAAGAAGGUAAACGUGCCUUUUAAUGUGUGUUUAGCUCUGACAAGAUAAAUUCCAAGAAAAUCAACGUCCCAGUUUUGCUGCAGAAUUCCAGCUUUUCAGGUCGUCAGCAAAACUGUUUGCCCUUCCGACCGGCGAUAAAGCUUGGUCGAAAUUGUGUUAAGUUCAGAAUUAUGUGGAUGUUCAAAACUGUAAAUGAAAGCACUCGUUGAACGUUUAUUUAGCCCAUAAACUGCAAAUAUUGAGUGGAGUAACAACGAUACGAUUGCGAUGUUAUGUAUACCACAACGUUAUUUAAAUCGGGAUUGAAGUCAACUUUCAUGGUGACUACUCGCUCUUGAAAGUUUCGAUCGUACAUGUAAGUAAUAGGGUUGGCGAGGUUAUGUAUACCAAACGGUUAUUUAAGUCGAUCAAACACUUCGUAUUUACCGCUCUAGCGAUCAAUAAGUCUUCACGUAUCUACCCUUUUGUUUGUAGCCUAAGGCAUAAUAUAGUAAAAUGAAAAGUCGGUUGCACGUGUUUACUAACGAACACCUCAUCAGUUGUUCCAUCAUGAGUUUUUGCUCAAAAGGUAAAUACAUGUAGCUGCCUUGACAAUCGAAACGUGUCUCUCAGUUUAGAUUCAUGUAAUGUCAUUAAAGAGAAAAGAAAGCUGUUGUCUUGAUACAGUGGCAGUUUUAUGCUGUUUUGUACAAUCCUGACUUUACUAAACAUACACAUUCUGGAAUGAUUUAUUAAUGAAGGGUUUAUUAAAGUCAUUGCAGUUUGUAGGUGUUAUAACUGUCUUACAUGUCAUGGUAAGGAUUACAGGUCGUUUCACCUGCACGUCAAUUUGCCUACACUGAGGUCAAUUUGCCUACAUGAUCUAUUAAAUUUGUUUCAGCGACACUAAGUUUAUACAAGUAAUAGUAUUGUAUAAAUAGGAGUAAAGCUUGCCGAUGACUCUGGCAUGUUUGAAAGAGAUGCCAUAUUUUGUAAGAUUUGCCUCAAACAUGGCAAAAAAACCUUAAACCCUAGUUGCAAAAUGUUAUUAAGUAUUAAAAACUGCAAAAAUUUAAUACUCUGUAUUUAAAGCAUAUUAAAAUACACAAAAUACUGCACACACUACCACGAGUUGCACGUAUCAUUCCCACAUUCCUUUUUAUCUGGCGCACCCCGCAACUUCAAUGGCCCAUAACUUUUCAAAGUCAGGGGCCAUUGGCCGAGUUGUCCCUUUUGCCUUUCCAAUCCCUGUGGAGCGGCUGAAAGACUUUGUUUGGUGGUAUGGAUUUAGGUGAAUGAACAAAGCUGAUGACGGAAAUCGAGCCCCAAAAUAUUUAAUUAACUAUUAUUAUUGUUUAUGUUAUUGUUGUUGUUGAUGAUGUUAACAUAAUAUAAGUACAUAUAAUAUAUUCGGUUGCUCUCGUGCUUCAAGAAAUUAAAAACACUGAACAGGUGAUUAUUCUUUAGUUUGAAUUUUGAUAAUGUCACAUGAAAACCAGCUAUUGAUUCUAAUAGAUUUUCAAAAUUUGAUCAGUGACUUUCUGCUGUGGUGCGGCUUCUAAGUAAGCACAAACUGCUUACAAUCUACAAAAGAGAAAGCUCUCAAAAGCUGCUUUGUCAAGAUUUUUGAAUGUGAUCUGUGAUCAUUACAGGUGUACAUGUACAUGUAUUGCUGGUAUUGCUGGUAUUGCUGUGUUGUUGAUCAACAACAAAACAAAGUUUGAACUUAACAACAAUAAAAACAAACACACUUGUUUCUUCACAGGAAAGUCUGAAUAUGCUCCAUCUGCUCCAGAGAUAAUUUCCCACAAUGAUUUAAAACUGAAAAUCAAGAGAAACUCAGGUAAAUACAACAUAUUAUGAUAACUACGUUUAAAUAUCAGCACAUGUGACAUGUUUUUUCAGUGACAUGCAUAAGACUGUUGUUCCAGGAAGUCACUCAUUACAGGUUUAACAAAAGACAGAUAUCCCUCAUAACAUGAUAUGCAAUGUAAAUGAAAUAAUGCCGGAGGGUUUAGCUUAUCAGACUGUCAACGAAAACAGCAUUUAAUCAAGUUUAGGUGUCUGGUUGAAAUUUUGUGAACAUGACAGACCAAGGAAAGUUCAUGUGGUUAGAAGAGUGUAUGCAGUGUACAAUAAAAUUUUUCAGUGACUCAACUCCAGGAAACCAGACUGAUGAAAAUAUGUCCAAAAACAAAGUACCAAAAACUAAAUGUCACUGAUAAAAUCUUCCUGACAGAUUAACAUGUACAUGUAAUAAUGAUUUGUUUUAUAGUGGAACAUACUAUUCACAAUAGAGCAAUUUUGCAGUUUCCAGAGUGGGUUCAGUCAAGUUUUUAUGCAGUCUUUGCCGUGAAAAGUUUUAUACAAAACCAUACACGUGUGACGGCAGCGUUCUUUAAUACUUGAGGAAUCCGAGGUCUAUUGUAAGGCCUCAUGAUUGGAAGAGCUGUCCAUAGAAGUGAUUUUGCCGUAAACAUCGCAAAGAUGCUUGAUACUCACAGUUUUUUAAACCUUUUCACAACACAAGAGUGCCAUCUCUCAAGACAAGACUCUCAUCUUGCAAGAGAAUGGUAACUUACUUUUGAGCCGUACUGUAUUAAACCAUACGAUCUCACAUCUCUUAACUGUAGUUGGUCACAAUUUAAUUUUGUAAAAGUUUUACAUAAGAUGUCACUGUAAGAAAGUGACUGCUGAACUGUGGUGUACACUAGCAAGAGAAGGUUGCAGGAACAGUACUGCUGGUUUAUCUAGAAAGGGGAAUGGCUGAGUUUAAUCACUGUCAGGGUUGUCACUAAGAUUUCAAGUUGCCGGGUAAAUACAACAAGUAGGUGGGGAAUCAAACGGCUAGGGGUUUCUUUUGGUUCUAUUUUUCUUCCAUUUUCCAAUAAAAGUAGCUGAGGGCCACUCUCUUAGUAGCCGGGGAAAAUCCCCGGCCCCCGGCUCUUAAUGACAACCCUGACUGUACAUUGUUUCUCCUUACCAUAAUUAAUUUUAUUGUCGGAUUGUUUUUAACAGUUGAUACCAACCAUGAGAGCAAUGGUACUAACCUUAAUGGAGGAGCUGAUGUGAAAAAGAAAAAAAAGAAACAUAAAGAUCAUCAUCACCAUCAUCAUAACCAUGAAGAAGAGAAAAAAUUCAAUGACCAGGAUUAUAGUAUAAGACAGAAUCCAAAGGAAAAGACUCGUUUAUCUCACCUUAUUCACAAAGAAGUUGAUUCCAAUGGAGGCGCAUCUGUUCUCCAUGUUUAUUUGGAUGAAAUUGCAGGAUUAAGGGAAGAGAAAAUGCAAAAGUUUGUGAAACUUUUUUUCCGUGAAGUCUUUGCUGAAAAGAGUGAAGGUGUUGCAAAAAAUGUAAUGGGCAUUAUCCACAAUGCUGCAGCUUAUCUUCCAGAACUUGUACACUACUUUGGAGAGCACCACCCAAAUCUGACUGUCAAAGUUUCAUCUUUGUACAAAAAGUCCGAUCUUGAGACUAUCAAAAUGGAUGAAUUUUUACAAAGAGUUCAGUCUUCAUAUUCACAUGGAACAUACCGAGCUGGGCCUUUAUUGCAGUUUAGCUUAGUCGGGACUGUCCAGGAAGAAAGUGGGGGAUUCUUCCCAGAAUUUCUUGACUUGCUUGAACAAUGUUUAUUUUUAAAAGAAACAAUGCCAUGGGGGAGUUUUUCUACACUCCAUUUAACUGAUCGGAAUAAAAGUAAUGAUGGUCCCAUUCUGUGGGUUCGGCCCGGGGAGCAGGUUAUUCCUACAGCAGAGUCCAAAUCACCAUACAAGAAGCGAAGGUACUGUACAUAUAAAAUACUGUAUGUUGUUUUUCUUAGCUGUACACCAAAAGCAGUCAUGUUUUUUCUCAUUCAGAUGAUGCUGGACAGCUGCCGCCAGGUUGCCUUAAUUGGAUUUAUAAGCACCAAUCUGCUGAGCAUAAGGUCAUGGGUUCAAACCCCACUUGACCAACACUCAAGGUCUUAAAAAUACAUGUAGCUGAGGAGAAUGUGCUGCCUUUGAUCGUAGAUGAUUCAGCGUGCAAAGAACUGGUGUCCGAUAGCACGGGGCUAGUGGAUUUUGCUACUGGGCUAGUGAAUUCUGUUCUCAACUUGCCCGAUGGGCAGGUAAAGUUUUUUGGGGAAUUCAUAUUACAGAAGAACUGUAAUCAAUCCUGCUCAUCAAAAAAAUUUUUUAGGCUGGUUAAAGUGACUCUUGGGCUAAUACAUUCUAGCUACAGCUUGCCCAAAUGGCAUUUUGGAAAACAUCUUUUUUGCAAAACAAAAACUGAUUAUGCGUGCAAAACUUCAUGUACAACAUUUCACGACUGGUAAAAAUUUUUCUUUUACUCAGUGCCAUAAAAGAAGAGUUUUUCCAGUCUUUCUUUUGACUAAAUUUUAAUGUCUAUAUUAACGUACAUAAAAGGGAAAAAGCUAGAGCUAGAAAUAAAAAAAACAAAACUGAGACCAUUUUGUUGGAAGAAAAACAUGAAAAUUUUAUAAUGGUGGUGAGAAAAUAUGCUAGUGGCCACCAAGGCAAAAAUGAGCGACAGUGAAAAACCAAAUUGAUUUCACAGUUCUUCUGUAAUUUGAAUUCCUCAAAAAAAUCCACUCGCCCGUCGGGCAAGUUAAUAACAGAAUUCACUGGCCCGAUAGCAAAAUCCACUAGCCCCGGGCUAUUGGACGCUACUUUCUUUGCACGCUGUUACAUUUACCUAAAAACUUGAAAUCUUAGUGACAGCCCUGUGAUUAUCUUGAUUACCAGCAUGCAAUGAUGUACUGUAAAUUAAUAUUAUUUGUUUCUCAAGAAUUGCUGUAAAUGAACUCCAAAACCUACAGUACCUUCCCAGGGCCUCAGAACCCAGGGAAAUUCUGGCUGAAGACAGAACGCGAUGCCACGCGGAUCAUGUUGGACAUGGUUUCGAUAGACACACAACUGCAGCUGUGGGAAUCUUAAAAGCAGUUCAUGUUGGGGAAAGGUAAGCAGUCAGUAGUCAGUAUUGUAUCCUUAUUUAUAGACUACAUUGAUGUGGUUUUUCUUCACUGUCAGUACUGGUACAUUUAUACUGUAUCUCUCACCAGUUAGUUACAUUAGUAGACACCCUGUGAUUGGUCAGUUUAUAGAGCUUUUUCACUUGACGUCAUGGCAACUAUAUUGGUGUUCCAAAACAAUGAAAUGGCAGCCAUUUUGGUGUGCCAAGAACUCAUGUAGGAGUUGAGUUGUUUGAAAGGCACCCAUUCACUUUUUUUCAUGACUUGUUACCAUUUUCAUUGGCCAAUUCUGUGCGGGGUGACUUGUGAUAAAGUUUUUGACAUGCUGCAAAUUCCGUGGGACAAUAAGGUAACAGUGAUAAGGCAGGACUGUGCUUCACAGGUUCAGAGUACUGGGCUCUCCUCAAUUUUCCUUAGAGUACAGCCUUUUAAAGGUUUUAGAACUUUUUGCUUUUUGUUUGGAAAGGUUUAGAAGGCCACAGCAACAUCAUAACCUUUGGUUAACAUCUUUUGGCUCUUGGUUGACUGAUUGAUCGAUUGUACAGUGUACAUGUAUGAUUGAGUAGUUGUUGAAGAAAUACCUUCAAACUCAUUCUUUUUAUAAAGAGGUAUUUAUGUUCUGUCAAGCUGAGCUUUAUUCUGUACUUGCAGUCCUUCAAGUAACCGAGUCUGUAAAGAUGUGGUGUGCUUUGAUGCUGAAAACUUUAACUUACUGGUACAGAAGUUACAGCUGGAUCUUCAUGAACCUCCAACUCAACAAGUAAGGCACUUGUAACAAAACAGUUUUUCUGUCUGCAUCAAGCAAAUGCACUCAAAUUGUGUAGUACAUGUAGUAGACAUGACUAAGUGAAUUACUGUAAACUAUCCAACCUUACAGUUGUACUUAUUGCAUGUACCUGGCAACUUUAAAUUAAUCUUGGUGAAAAGCUCUGGAACAGGUAACUUUAAAAACCCCAACUGAGAAGAGGCCAGUCAGCUGGCUAUUUACUGGUAUAGCCAUGCCGCCUUGAGCUCAACUGGGAUGAACUUAAACACAUCUAGCUAAUGGUCAAUGUUUUUUGAGCUUAGAACAGCCAAAUUGCAAGUCUGACAUGUGGACCACUUGGCAAGGCUGUGCUCUAAGGAAAAUUUAAGGGAGCCCAGUGCUCUGACCCUGUAAAAUCCAGGGUGCCCAGCAUAUGAUUUGUAUGAAAAAUCUGAGAUUUUCUAGUUACCCAACAGCAAAAGUUAGGCACCAGGGGCCACCGGGCUCUGCUUGGCCACGUUGCUUCAAACUCUUUAGUUUUUCUUAUUCACUGGCCAAAUCAACAUAAUUUAUUGUUUGUUGGCCAGUUCUUGGAUUGCGCGGUGCAUGGCCUCUUUGAUUUAUCAGUAUUCCAUUUCUUUUAUUUAGUGUGUUGGCUGGGUUGAUGAUGCCAAACUUAACCAGCUGAGAAGAGAUGGUGUGAAAUACUCCACCAUCCGCCUGAGAGAUAAUGAUAUCUACUUCAUCCCGCGUAACAUUAUUCAUCAGUUCAGAACAGUGACGGCCUGUACCAGCAUAGCGUGGCAUCUGAGAUACAAGAAUUAUUACCCAGAGGUGAAGCAACCAGAAAACCCAACUGAGCAUCAAGGGACAGUCAUGUAAGUGACUGACAUUCUCUGUUACUCUAGUUGAAAGAUAUAUAAUUAUCAUUUUCAAGCUAUUUAAUUUAUAAUGGAUAAUAGUAAUGGAUAGGUGUAGCUCAAUGCAAGGUGACCUUCACUUGAAUGGUGAAAUUGAAAUAUUGACUCACACAGUCGAGGCACUUACCAUUUAUGUGGGUAAAUCAAAUAUUCCACCUGAAAAAUAUGUGUAAGUGAUUCCUGGCAUUCCAUUUGAAAAGCUUUGAAGAAAACACCCUACCCUUUUUGUUCAAAAAAGGUAAUCGAUCCAAUGAGUCUUAGACAGUGAACAAAACAAAUAGAAGACUGCUGCUGAGCUCACCCACCAUGGCCAAUGUCUCCAACCUUGUAUGGAAAAAACAUCUCUUGUCACCCAGUCACGGUUGAGUGGUUUUCCAUACAAAGCAGUCAUAAAAUACUUCCCUAAGCAUUACGGGGCUCAAAUUA